GCAUCGGAUUGAGGGUUCCUGAAAAGCGCCGCCAGGAGGGCGUUGUGUCGUGUACCUCGCCGUCACACCCCCAAGCAGGUUCGGCUGCAGGGCCUUCCUUCUCUCCCUUUUUCUUUCCCCCCAUCCCUGACGCGCUGGUUGAAGCGCGCAUGGGUGGCCGGAGGACGAAGGUGCCCGUCGACGCGCUCUUGCGCGUUGUCCCCUUCUUUCCGCCGUCUCCCUGUCUUCGUCUCUUUUCUUCUUUCCAUCUUCUUCCCACCUCCAGCUACCCCUCAUGUUGAAAAUCAAAAGGAAAAAAAAACGUAAAAGUCGAAAAGACCGAAAAAAUAGGCAGGCUUUUCCUCUUGUCAGUGUUUUUUUCCGACCGUCUCUUUCUCUCUCCUCCUUCGACCUCUCCUCUGCUUUCUUCCGCUUCUCAACUCCUCUCCUUUCUUUUCUCCUCCUCCUUCCCUCUCUCUCCUCUCGGAGUCUCUACUAUCCUCCAUAGUUUUAGCUAUGACUACCGUCACCCCCGCCGUCUCCGCGUCCCUGUAUGUUGGUGACUUGGACAAGGAUGUCACGGAAGCUCAGCUCUACGAGCUGUUCAGUCAAGUCGGCCAAGUCGCAUCUAUCCGUGUCUGCAGAGAUGCCGUUACUCGGCGAUCGCUGGGCUACGCCUACGUCAACUACAACAGCACAGUUGAUGCGGAGCGUGCGAUGGAAGCCCUCAAUUAUACUGCCCUUAAUAGUAAACCGGUCCGAAUAAUGUGGUCCCAUCGGGAUCCUAGUACUCGGAAGAGUGGUGUCGGCAAUAUCUUCAUAAAGAAUUUGGAGGAAUCAAUCGAUAACAAGGCCCUCCAUGACACAUUUGUCAUAUUUGGGAACAUUCUUUCGUGUAAGGUGGCAACAGACGGUGGGAAGAGCAAAGGCUAUGGGUUUGUUCAUUUUGAAACAAAGGAAGCAGCAGCUCUUGCAAUUGAGAAGGUUAAUGGGAAGCUUCUCAAGGACAAGAAAGUGUUUGUGGGCCCAUUCGUGAAGAAAACAGAUCGGCAAGAGAAUGGUACAGAACCCAAGUUUACAAACGUUUACAUAAAGAAUAUAGAUUCCGAUGUAACGGAGGAUAUGCUGAGGCAGAGGUUUGAAGAGUUUGGAAAGAUCACAAACCUUGUGAUCAUGCGGGAUGAGAACGAUAAACCAAAAGGAUUUGGUUUUGUCAAUUUUGAGAAACCUGAGUGUGCAAAGGCAGCUGUGGACAAGAUGAACGGCACGGUGAUUGGCACGAAGGCAAUAUAUUGCGGAAGGGCCCAGAAGAAAGCUGAGAGGGAUGCAUUUCUGAAGCAGAAGUUUGAGGAGCGGCGAUUGGAGAGGAUUCAAAAGUAUCAGGGUGUGAAUCUGUACAUCAAGAACCUAGAGGAUUCAAUUGACGAUGAGAGGCUCCGGAUGGAGUUCGGAACUUAUGGGACAAUCACAUCGGCUCGGGUUAUGAGGGACGAGAAGGGGAUCAGCAAGGGGUUUGGGUUUGUAUGCUUCACUGCGCCAGAAGAAGCAACGAAGGCGGUCACCGAGGCAAAUGGGCGCAUGCUGAACGGAAAGCCCAUUUAUGUUGCCUUGGCUCAGCGGAAGGAAGUGCGGAGGGCGCAGCUUGAGCAGCACUAUGCACAGAGAUUGGUGAUCGCAAGGCCAGGAGCUGCAGGUGCUUCAUUGCCACCGGCCACCCCGGGACCGCCUGUGUACCCACCUGGUGCCCCAGUUUAUUAUCAAGCGGCACCUGGUGUUGUUCCUCCAACCGCGCAACGGUUAUAUCCUCCGAUGAUGGCUCGCGGGGCAUGGAGAGCAACAGGGCCAGCUCCCCCACCAGCUCGACCAGCAUUUCAGACGGUUUCGAAUUAUGUGCGCAACCGAGGGCAAACAGUCAAGUAUAUUCCAAAUGGCCGUCCACGGGAUACUUCGAUCAUUCCAGGCAUUGUUCCCCAGGGUCAAGUUGUUCCUGCAGGGCCGCCAGUGCCAGUUGCCAUCCCAGUGCCUGUUGGAGCGGGUGUUGUGCCUGGUGUGCCAUCGCAUCCAGAAAUACUGACAACGAGUAUGCUUGCAGCUGCCCCUCCACAUCAACAGAAACAAAUGCUUGGCGAGCGGCUUUUCCCAUUGGUCCACCGACUCCAGGACUUCCGCGCUUCAAAAAAUCAGAGACCAGCGGCUUGGUGCAAGAAGCAGGUCGAAGGGGUUCACGACUUCCGCGCUUCAAAAAAGCAGACUGUGGAGGAUUUUCCGGGUAACACAGAGGGACAGAAUCUGCAGCGGAUUGUGAAGGAUCUGAGGCAGCAUAACAUGCCUAACAUCUCCGGAGGUUAAUCGGGGGAAAGGGUGAACCUGACGCUGGCGGGAUUGAGCUGCAGGUGGGGACUGGAGGAUGGGUGGUCCAUGGAAGAAGGGGCAACGCACCAGGGGUGGGGGAGUGAAGUACCGGCGUGGCCAUUGUGUGAAUUGAAUAGUUGGCUGGGGGGUGAGGGGCGAUGCACCAGGAAUGGAAUGGUGGACUGUUCUCCGGAACAGGGGGCAUGGAAGGGGUGUGCGGGUGAAGUACCCUGCAGACUGGGCUCUAACAUUGUGUGAGCUGAAUAAUUGGCCCGGGGGUGCGAAGAUGAGUGGGCACGGAGAUUUUUUGGGAAACAGUGUUCACAACGUGGGACUCUGGGCCCGGUUUCCAGUACUUACUGUUACCCACUAAAAGGAUGGAGUUCAUCACACACUGCUACCCCUAUACUCCCGUCGGGGUAGCAAAAGCAGGGGCACCCUGGAACUGCUCAAAUACGGAUCCUGUUGAGAAUCUGGAUAAAUUGGCACGAAGUGG